AGUCACACCCUGAGCUUCCUGUACAACUGCAUGGGGCUUUUCCUUUUUUUCUCCUCUCAGCAACUUUGCUGGGCUUGUUUAGCUAUUGCCUGGCUCUGACCUUCCCGUGAAUCGCCUGCUUCACUGCGUUCCCUGCCACGGGUACCCUGUGAGGCCAGCCUUUGGCUUUGGCGCCUUUGGUGCAGCUUGGGGGGAGGCGUGCUGCAGCUUUGAGAUAACUCAUUGUGGGGACCUGGUACAGUAGCCUAAAGGCUGCUCUCGGGGGGCAGCAAAACAUGCCUUAUGGCUCGGUGGGGCAUGCAAAGCCCCAGCAGCUCCCCUGAGAGGGAAGAUCAGAGGGUGCUCUGCUCGGGAGGCUUGGGGUUUGCAAGCAAAAUGACAGCAGAAAGAGCACAAUGUACAGGAAAGGCCACACCUGAUACAGUGCAGCCACGGAGCCGGAAGCACAGAGGAGAUGGAGUGAUACAGAAAGAAAAAGAGAGCACGAGAGAAGCCAAGUCGAAGAGGAAGAAGGUCAAACCCAUCCCUGGCUGCCUUUAGACUGGAACACGCUGAGGUCCCGUAUACCUUCAGCGCUUCCCGGGGAGCAUCCCCUGCACCCGCGCUUGCAGGCCUGGUGCGAAACAGGAGUCAAAGCGAAGUGGGGAGAGAGCAGCUGACAGCAUCCUAGCCACCAAAUGCCCUCCACAAUGACAGUGGCAGCGGUUUUGAUGCUCCUGCCUGUUGUGAUAUGGUAUCUUCAAACCCUCCUGGAAAGCCCACAGAUGAAAAGCGAGUUAGUGAUGGACAUGAUGCCCGACGCUUUUGACGACCAGUACAUUGAGUGCACUGAGGAAAUGGAAGAAAUUGCACCAGCCCUGAUGGAGAGAGAGAUGAAAAUAUCCAAGAUACUGAAAACCACCUGGGAGAAAACAGAAAGCAAAUGGAAAAAAGUGAAGAGAAAGAAAACUGUGUAUGCUACUCUCCCCAGCGACUUUAAGGAAGAGCAUGGGAGAGCGAUCAUAGCCUACACGGACAAUGAAUUUCACAAAGAGUUUAAUGAGGCUGUGAGGACCUCUGGUGCCUCUCCAGUGGCCUACAACACCAGUUUCCAUUUCAAAGCCUUUCAUUACUACCUGACAAGAGCUUUACAGCUCCUGAGAGAGGAGUGUGAGGUGAUGUACAGCAUGCCGGUGUACAGGGGCAUUCGUGAUGUUAUAUUUCAGAGCAGUGGUUCUGGUCCCAUCAGGUUUGGACACUUUGCCUCUUCCUCGUUGGAAAAAGACAUAGCUGAGGCAUUUGGGGGCGAUUCCUUCUUCACCAUCCACACCUGCUUCGGGGUUAAUAUUGUGCGCUUCUCGCAUUAUAAGGAAGAGGAGGAAGUGCUCAUCCCCACCCAUGAGAUAUUCAGUGUGGAUGCAGGAGACAGGAACAACAGCUUUAUCCUCCGAAGUACCAGCUGGACCUGCAGCCACUUCAACUGUGCCUACCUGGGGUAUGAGAAGAAAGCAGAAUGUAUUCACCGCUUUGGUCCUCAUACGGCCCCCAGCACUGGAACAUCUGGGCAACAUCAGCACCAGCACUCCGAUGAACAUCUGGCACGAGACUCGCAUAGCCCCCCUCAGGACACCAAGAGGAAAACUGUUAUGUCCAGGGAGCUCUAGACCUAUUUCAUUUCUGCGCCAUACACUUACACGGUGGGAACUUCUCAUACCCAACCAGUGAACAAGCCAGCACUGAUCGCAGAACCAGCUGGCUGCUGCUCCAGGUGGUCAUGAGCCAGGCAGGCAUUCAAUUUGAUGCAACCUGUUGAAGUUGGCUACCAAAGAGACUUAAUCAUGAGUGUUGAUCUCUUAGCUGCCGGUGGCGCAGUUAAUCACCAUCGCCGCCUUGCAGCGGAGGGUGGUGAUGAACUAGCACUUCACGAAGAUGACCCAGAUCCCAUUGGAGAAGGGAAAGUUCAUCACAAAACUUGGAUGGAUGCUUUUCGGAGGGCUGUCUGCCUGCCAGCCAGGCAACGCACACUAGUCAGCGCAUUUCAUCUCAGGAACCGAGCUGUGAAGCGUGGCCGCAUCGGCCGCUGGAGUCAAAGAUGACAGUGUGCAGACCCAGCAGGCCUGAAUAUUACUUUGGAUCAGGCUCUUGCCUUCAAAACACAUGCUGAGAAGGUCCAAGCAAAGGUGAAUGCUUGUAUCCAGCUUUGCUUAAGAUAACCACAUUGAGGUGGUGAGUAAACCUGUCUACACGGUAAUAACUCACCAGGACUUUGCUGCUCUUCUGCUGACUCAGCUGGUGCAAUACAGAAACGAGCUUUACCAGCACCAGAGCUGGAUCCAGAGCGAAAUACUGGCUUUUCAUAUGUCACUGUGCGACGAAUAGGAUUUCUUUUUGCCAGAGCCCGCCAAGGGUUCACAUGGCAACUCGUCCAAUCGUUUAAUAGUAAUCCCUAAUACUAUUACAGGUUUCCUCCCCAUAACGCAGCCUGGCAAGUGGCUCUUUAGACGUUGCAGUGGUAACCUUUGGGUGUUACCAGGCCUGCUCAAGCAGGGAUGCAAGCUGCGGUGUCUGUCCUCCCAGAUCACUGCAUGCUAACACCCCCGCCUUUGUUUGUGCAUUACUUUUCUAACUUCCUUGUCCCAAAUUGUCCAACCCCCCGGCACUGUGCCAAGCACAUUUCUGAUAAGGAAACUGUUGUGCCUUGCUUACCUAGCACACCGGUGGCAGCACUCACAUCUCCUGGUGCCAUCCUCUGUUCAGUUUUAUUGCUUAGUUUCUGCAAAGCCUGGACUAUGGCUAAGAGCCUUAGCACAACUCAAUUUGCCCACGACACUUCCCUCCUUAUUCCCGGAAAUACGGUGGCAUCAGGCAGAUGUUGGCUAACCUCUUGCAUGAGACUCAAGGCCUGGGGGGUUGCAAUAUUGCAUUUGACAUGUACCACAGAACCUGUCUGGCUUUUCAGGUGGCAUAAGUACGACUAAGGGACCUUUUUUCUCACGUGCUGGCCAGUUGAUAGUAAAUAAAUCCUUCAGUAAUUCAGACUGCAACAGGCAGAGCUGCCUUUCAAUCUGUCACGGCUACCCAGGUAACACCACACCAGUGCCGAGCCAAAUUUAGCUUUGUUUUUAACCAUCUUUUAAACACUGAGGUCCAAGGUUUAGGGAACCAUCAACUCUGCAGGUUCUUGUUUUUCUUUUUUAAAAUAACAGGCUAAUGCAGCUUUCUACACAAAUCCUUGUAUGUUGGUGUUAUAAAUAGCAUUUAAAUAUCAAUGGGAUUCUUUUAAUAGCCUUGAAAACAUUUAAUCAAGUUGUUUGCUAAAAAUACACACCCUACCUUUUAAUAGAUGCCAUUUUGCUAAACAAGUGGCAUCUACAACUUGAGGCUUUCAUAUGAAUUGCUGCCCUUCAUUUCAAAUAUUAGGACAACUUUCCAGUCCAAACUGGACCAAAGUGUCCUGGUCUGGGAUCCACACACAAAUUCAGUUUUUAGAGGGGGAAUUACCAACAGUUUUUAUCACAUCCGUGAGAUUCAUAUGCAUUUAAACUCUCAACAACUUAAAUAAACCAACCAAACCAAACAACACAAAACAGACAAGAUAAUUUUUUGUUGUAGUAAUAAAGCUAUUGCUUAAGUGAGGAA